AUGUUCUUUUCCCAGCUCAUGCGUCGUGACGACAGUAACAAUGGCGGACUCUCUACCCCCACAGUUGACCUCCUGAUCACCCUACUGGUUCUCAUCCUGAUUGCCCUCGCCCUGGUCGGCGGCCUCCUCGUGCUGCGCCGCAAGCGCAACGCCCGCAAGGAUCAAUCGGUCCUUCCCAUUCACAACGCACAAUGCACCCAAUCCCACCACUCGCGUCGGUUAACGAUAACGGCCUCCCGGACCGAAUCUGUCCUGUUGUACGACGAGAAGCGUAACUUAAUGGAGAACUCGGACAGCCCGCCACCUAGCCCCGUGCCUGAAAUCCGCAUCACCUUCCCAGAAGAGGAAGAUGAGUCCGGCAAGCGCAAGUCCGGCCGCAUGGUCAUCGUUCGCAUCAGCGACGCCGGCAGUGUGGGCCUAGAACCAUGUCACGAGGAGCUGCCGCCAUAUCAAACCACCGAUUCUGGCCGUUUCCACUCCUUGGAUAUUGAACGGAUGGGUGGGUUGAAAGAGAAAGAGGAUGUGCGAUAUGCCUAG